GCUACAUCCGGUGGCGUCUGGGACCCGGAUUCUGUCCCUAACAACGGCCGGAGCGGGAGAGACGGGAUCUGGUCCAGGUGUAGUGUUGCAGUGCAAUGGCGGAGCCCGAGGCAAAGAAAGAAGAUGCAGACUCCAGGCGCAUUCAAACCUUCCCUAUCAUCAGGUUUUGUGAUAUGCCAGAGGAAAUGAAAGUGGAGACAAUGGAAUUGUGUGUCACGGCAUGUGAGAAGUUUUCUGCGAACAAUGAGACUGCAGCCAAAAUGAUUAAAGAGACCAUGGACAAGAGAUUUGGUGCUUCCUGGCACGUGGUAGUCGGUGAAGGAUUCGGCUUUGAAGUCACUCAUGAGAUAAAGAACAUUCUGUACAUGUAUUUCGGGGGCAACAUGGCAGUGUGUGUGUGGAAAUGCACAUAACGUGAAUGGACUGCAGGUGGAACAGAAGUACUGAUUCUCCUGCUCCCUCUUCCCAUCCUAACUUGUCUUUCAACACGAUGGUACAAAGGACACAAAUUCAAUCCAAUCUCUACAAUGAGUCAUCCUGCAAACAGACCACUUUUGUUUGAAAAGAUGCAAGACAUUUUGGAGUUUCAACAUGGGCAGGGAUAAGAACUGAGUUUUUAAAUCUACCUUCAAACAAGGUACAAAAUUUCAGUGUUCAGAAAUGAACAAUGCUAUCUCUCAGACAGGCAUAGUGGAGUUGUAAUACGGCUGGGCUAUUAACAAGGCGAAUGAUCCUCAGCAAGCAUGCUCUUUUGUACAGUCUUUUUAAGUAAUGUUUAAAAUUUUCUUUUUAUUUGAUUGCAAGAACAGUAGCACAUGUAUUUCUGAAGGGAUUUCCAGUGCACAUCUGAACCUGAAUCUCACUUCAUUAAUAUGUCAUCAUUGAAGCAGUAACCACCACUUUUUACAUUAAAAUGGAAUGAUGUAGACAUUCCUGGGCAAGGGAGACAAGAGGAGAGAAGGCAGAAUUCAAUAAGCAUUUCGCACUGUCCGUUUGAAACGUAACAGAGAUUCUGGUUCAGAUUAUUUUUGUUUUGAUGAAACUUGCAGGGACCAGAUGGCAAUGGGUUGGGAAUAGUCCAGUCUAUUUCAGCAUUGAAACACACUCUGUCCAUUCAGGUUCCCUGGUUAACCAGCUUUGUAGCUGGAAAUGUGAAUAACACAUGUCUUCGAGUUAAAAUCUCGGUUGACUUGUUUCUAAGCACUUGCAAUUUUUUAAACACAACUUUUCAAAAAUAUUGUAACAAAUGUUCUCACUUGUAUCUUCACAAGUUUUAUUAAAAAAACACUAUUUGAAAUA